AUGUCGUCCAGAGUCACUCGCUCUUCUGCGAGACUUUCAGCAGGUUCGACCAACCAAGGCCCUCCCAAUCCGCCUACCCCUCCCGCCCAACUCUCUCCUGCAAAGUCUCGCAAACGCAAGGCCGCUGCGAGAGAGCCCACUCCCGAGCAACCGACGGAGAACUCGACUGAGGCGCCGCCUGCGAGGGGCAGUCGUGCGAAGCGGACUAGAGUCGACGCCCCAGACCCUCCCCGUCCAACUCCUACAUCCGCCCGCUCGCGGAAGGGAAAAGCGAAAGCGGCAAUGUCAACGGCUGGUCCAUCGACAGAACCUUCCGAGGAUAAGACCGUAGCCCCCGUCCAGCCCCCUUCUAGACGCAGCAAACAAGGCCGCAAGAGUGCUAGUCAAGGUGACAAAUCACGGCGGCAGUCUGUGGACCGCGUUGCUGAGACUGCUGCAGAUGCCCCUCCCGCCAACCCUCCUUCCUCUAGCCGCCGCGCCUUGAGGAAGUCGGUGCCCAAGCCCGAAGACGACGAAGAGAUGGAAGACGCAAGGGAGGCAAAGCCGGGCGGCGAGGCAAAGCGAACUGAUGCAGAGCCACGUCAGCCAGACAUGAGUGAUGAUAGCAAUGGGGAUGGUGCUCCUGGUCGUUACGAUGAAGACGAUGACGACGAUGACGAUGACCCGUUCGGCGGUGGUUAUCUCGGUCGGGCUCCGCCUGGCCUAUCUAAUACAUUGCGUGCCCUUACGGGCAUGAUGUCUGGAGUGACUACACGGCUGCGAAACACUCUGGAGCAACUCAAGUCGAAAGACCCGUCUGUUCAGCUCAUUGCCCUUCAAGAACUUUCAGAAAUUCUCCUAGUUUCGACCGAGGACAAUCUUGCCGGCCAUUUCUCGCCUGAUGCAUACGUGAAAGAACUUGUUGCCCUCAUGCAGCCGAACGAAUUUGGCGAAGAAAAUCCCGAAAUCAUGCUACUUGCGUGUCGAUGCAUUGCGAACUUGAUGGAAGCCUUGCCUGCUGCAACUGCCAACGUUGUGUAUGGCGGCGCAGUGCCUGUACUCUGUUCCAAGCUGUUAGAGAUCAAUUUCAUAGACUUGGCUGAGCAAUCAUUAAGCACGUUGGAGAAGAUAUCCCAAGAGUUCCCGGCGUCAAUUGUGCGCGAGGGCGGAUUGACGGCGUGUUUGACGUAUCUCGACUUCUUCGCGACGAGUACGCAACGAACUGCAGUAACGACGGCGGCAAAUUGUUGUCGAAAUAUUCAAGAGGAGUCGUUCCCCACAGUGCGAGAUGUUAUGCCAAUUCUAAACAAUAUAUUGAAUAACAACGAUCAGAAAGUGGUGGAGCAAGGUUGCAUUUGCGUCUCGAGAAUUGUUCAGAGCUUCAAGCAUCAAGAGAGCAAGUUGGAGGAGCUUGUGAGUCCUGAGUUGCUGCGAGCCAUCUUAAGACUUCUUUUGCCGGGCACCACGAACCUCAUCGGUGCUAACAUCCACACCAUGUUUCUCCAAGUUCUCGCGUACACCGCCAAGGCAAGCCCGCGCCUCUCGGCUGAACUUCUCAAGAUGAACGUCGUCGAUACGUUGUAUCAGAUUCUCACUGGAGUGUCGCCUCCGAGCGGUACCGAGGACGCUGCAACGAAGAUAGAUAGCGUCGUGAUCAUGCAGGCCCUCAUCCAUCGACCAAAGGACCAGGUGUUCGAAACCCUCAAUGUCAUCUGUGAACUUCUUCCUGAUGUUCCGAAGAAUGGCUUGACAUAUCUAGAUGAUCUCUUCGACGCCGGCUUUCCUGGUGACGAUCUUAUGCCGCUCUCUUCUCACGCGAGGAAGUCGCCAAACGACAAGCGGGUGGAGCUCCUUGAAGAGUGUAAAGAAGAAGUCAAGCGCUUUGCCGUCAUCCUCCUUCCAACUCUCACCGACGCUUAUUCUAGCACUGUGAAUCUCAGCGUUCGCCAAAAGGUGCUCACGGCCCAAUUGAAGAUGCUUUCGAACCUCGAUUUCGACAUCCUUGAAGAAGCCCUUCGUCCGGUGCCAUAUGCAUCAUAUCUAGCUUCGAUAUUCUCGCAGCAAGAUCAUUCUUCUUUGGUGACGUAUGCGUUACAAGCCGCUGAGCUUUUGCUGAAGCGCCUCGAAAAAAUAUACCGGUACCAAUUCUACCGAGAGGGUGUCAUUUCAGAGAUCUCAAAUCUCGCAAACCGUCCGUGCAAGACUUUAGAAUCUCGACCGAAAGAGGCCAAGCUCGUGAUUGAGGUAGAACCCGCUGCCGAUUCGGGUGCGAGCACAAGUUCGGGUGGAGAUGUUGAUGUUGAUGUUGAUGUUGAUCAGGAGAUGGCCGAUGGAGAAGCUGACAUCCAUUCCGAGGACGACGAGGACGAAAACGACCACGACGAGGACCACAACGAUCAUAGCGACAAUCAAGAUGAUGAUGAUGAUGAUGACUCAGAUUCUUCAUCCUCUUCUGACCGCUUUGUUCCUCCUCCAAUCCCAAACAUUGAGGACAUCAUCACCCUUCGAGCUAAGAAGUUUAUUGAGGUGCAUGAGAAAGAUUGUACUAAAGACGUUAGGGAUAAGGCUGCGGCAAUCAUGGAAGACCUCAAGUCACUUGCCAAGGACAUCAAAACUUGCGCAUUGGGGAGUGGGACCGGGAACUGUAUGGAUCUGUUCACCCGUCUCGCCUCGUAUUUCAAUGGUGAUGCUCUUGAGGGCAUCACCAGCUACGAGCUGAUGACAUCGAAUAUUGUGGAUGUCCUCUUAGAAGUAUUCUCAUCGCCAAAUCUUGCCAAGGGCGUUGAUCCUCGCUCACUUUUUCUCGAGGCUUUCAUGGGCACUAGCACCCAGAACAAGAUCAAGACGGCGAGCAGCUCUUCUCCAGCAACGCCAUUUAGCGUCCUGGUCAGCAAAUUGCAAGACCUUCUAAGCAGGGCUGAACACUUCGAAGUGAUCACGGUUCACCAGCAUUCAUACGACAGCCGAGGUAGUGCUACUUCGAUGUUAGCGAAACAGUUGCGCCUCAAGCUAGUUGCGGACGAGGAUUCGGGUAUUCCCAAAUCAUAUCGUAACAUUAUGGUUUCUAUCCACGCUAUUGCCACUUUCAAAGCCUUGGAUGACUAUCUGCGACCACGCAUCAGCUUAGCAGAGCGACCUCGUGGAUCUAAGAGUAGGGGUGACAUUAUUGGCGCGUAUGCUGCGUCCCUUGCCGAAGGACGCACUGGAGGUCCACCACCUCCACAUCCUCCAAGUGAAACAACAAACAGACCCGCGUCGAGGAAAGCAACAAAGUCGAAGUCUUCACGCUCUACUGCUGAGGUCCAAGCGGGCCCGAGUUCAGCUCCUCUUGAAAAGACACGUCGGUCAAGCCGAAGACAUCAGAACCAGGCUCCUCCACCUCCACCUCCACCUCCGCCUCCGCCUCCGCCUCCGCCUCCCCCACCUCCAGCAUUGCCUCUCUCUGAGAGCAACCAGGACCCGGUUGAGUGUGCCGACGAGGAGCGGCUCUCUGACCAAGAUUCCUUGGACGAUAACAGCGCACUAAAUGCUAUCGUAGAUGACCUUGACGACGAGAUGGACGAGGAUUCCCCUGACCCCUCGGCGGUUAGCGUAGAAGUUGCAUCGACUGGAAAAGUAACUGCUCGAAAAGAAGAUGGAACUCGGGUCGCGACGCCAGUUCAUGGGCAGAGUUCGACCCGGCAAACCCCAGCUGAGCGUCUCGCUAGCUCCUCUCAGCGCUUAUCUGCUCUGCUCCGAGGGUCUCCGAUGCAACAAGCUUUCGGAAACUCCGCAGGUGCACUUUCAUACGCCGCCGCAGUGCAAUCAAUUCCCCAGGAUUGGCACAUUGAGUUCAGUGUUAAUGACCAGCCAAUCUCCAAUGAGACGACGAUUUAUCGCGCGGUACAUUUCAAUCAGGCACAGCCCGGCGAUGUGUCACAUCGAACGGUAUGGAGCGCGAUCCACACAAUUAAGUUCAAACGUGUUUCUGGGCCCCCACCAACUGAGCCCACUGCUUUGACUCCUCCACCAGAGGUAUCUAAGACGGGAGCGUCGGGUUUGCCACAUUCUUUGGAUAAAUUCCCCGUCACCUCUGGCAUCCUCCAACUUUUGAGUAUCCUGCAUGGCCUUAACUCAAAUCUUGACGAUGUUCUCUCGGAUAAUCGCGAGCAGAUUAAGCUCAAUGUCGAGCCACUUUCUCAGUUUGUAAAUACUAAACUGACAGCUAAACUCAACCGUCAAUUGGAAGAGCCACUGAUAGUUGCAAGCAAUUGUCUUCCCAGCUGGAGCGAGGACUUAGCUCGCCUCUACCCGUUUCUGUUCCCAUUUGAAACACGACAUCUUUUCCUCCAGUCAACUUCAUUCGGAUACUCUAGGUCCAUGACCCGAUGGCAGAAUUCGCAAUCCACGAACGACUCUAGGCACGAUCGUCAUCGCGAUGAUCGGCCUUUCCUUGGCCGACUACAGCGACAAAAGGUCCGUAUCUCAAGGACGAGGAUCCUCGAAUCUGCUGUCAAGGUCAUGGAACUAUACGGCUCUUCACCGAGUGUUCUUGAAGUUGAAUAUUUCGAAGAAGUCGGUACUGGAUUAGGUCCGACCUUAGAAUUCUACUCAACAGUUUCAAAAGAGUUCUCAAAAAAGAAGCUGAAGCUUUGGAGGGAGAAUGAAUCUAACGAUAACGAUGAUUACGCAUUCGGAAAACGUGGAUUGUUCCCAGCCCCGAUGAGCGCAGAGCAGGCCGAGACGGAGAACGGAAAGAAAGUUCUCCACCUUUUCAAAAUGCUCGGCAAGUUCGUUGCGCGUUCAAUGCUUGAUUCGAGAAUUAUCGACGUGUCCUUCAACCCCACGUUCUUUCGCAUUGGUGAUGGCACUGCCGCUGUAACGCCUUCCCUUGGAUCUGUCAAGUCUGUAGACUACGAUUUAGCCAAGGCUCUAAAGCUCUUGAAGAAGUUUGCGAACGCUAAGAAGCAAAUCGACGAAGACGGGGGUUUGAGUCCAGCCCAGAAGGUUCAAGCCAUCCAGGAGAUUGUGGUAGAUGGAUCUCGCGUUGAAGAUCUAGGGCUUGACUUCACUCUUCCUGGGUAUUCCUCCAUCGAGCUUGUUGAGAAAGGAGCAGAAUUGUCUGUCACGAUCGACAAUGUUGAUACUUAUGUGGACAAGGUUCUGGAUUACACUUUAGGUCUAGGCGUUCAACGGCAAGUCGACGCUUUCCGCGCUGGUUUCUCGCAGGUAUUCCCGUACUCUGCUUUGAAAGCAUUCACUCCUGAUGAACUUGUGAUGCUCUUCGGGCGGGUGGAGGAGGAUUGGUCUCUUGAGACGCUCAUGGAUUCGAUCAAGGCCGAUCAUGGCUACAAUCUUGACAGCAAGAGUGUUCGGAAUCUUCUCCAAACCAUGAGCGAGCUUGAUCCUGCACAACGACGAGACUUCCUUCAAUUCAUCACUGGCAGUCCCAAGCUUCCCAUUGGAGGCUUCAAGAGUCUCACGCCGAUGUUUACGGUCGUUUGCAAGCCGAGCGAACCACCGUACACGUCUGACGAUUACCUCCCCAGCGUUAUGACCUGUGUCAACUACCUCAAAAUGCCAGAUUACAGCAGCAUGGAAGUUCUUCGCGAGAAAUUGAAUGUUGCUAUUCAGGAGGGCCAAGGAGCCUUCCAUCUUUCAUAA